AUGGCUCGCUAUGGUUAUGGAACGGCAAUUUAUGAAAUAAAGAGUUUCGAUAAGGCUAUUGCUAGAGCCGGAGCUUUNGUUUCAAUGUUUAUAUGUGGACAGUUAUCUGACAGAUUCGGUAGGAAACGAAUUAGCUUAGUUUGUGUUAUUGGUGCGGGCAUUUCGGGAGUAAUAUGUAUGCUAUCUCCAACUUAUACCCUAUUUGCAGCUUCACGAUUUUUUAUAGCAUUCUUUAGAUCCGGAUCAUACAUAUGCAUGUAUGUUUUGGUUAUGGAAUGUGUCGGUAAAGAAUAUCGUUCUCAUGUUGGAUUAAUUCAGAAAUACGGAUGGGCAACAGCUUAUAUUAUAUUACCUGCUAUUGUCUGGUUGGUCAGGGAUUGGUUUUACAUUCAACUUAUAGCUACGUUACCAUUCUUCCUCCUUUUAAGUAUUUAUUGGCUAGUUCCAGAGUCGCCUCGUUGGUUAUUGUCUCAAAAUCGCCUGGAAGAAGCCGAAACUAUUUUGAAAAGAUGCUUAAAAGAAAACAAUAUUAAAGUUGAAAAUCUGAGAGAAAUUGUAUUAUUUUUAUCUGAAAAAAUUAAGAAUGAAAUGGGAGAUAAAAAGAAGCGCCAAGCAAACAUUCUAGAUUUAUUUAAAACACCAAACUUGAGGAAAAAAACAUUAAUUCUAUGUUACGCAUGGUUUUCUUCGGCUUUCGGUUAUUAUGGAUUAUCUUUAAAUGCCAACGAGAUAGGGGGACAUCCAUUGUUAUAUUUUUUCUUUAGUGGAUUAGUGGAAUUUCCUGCUGCAACAUUAGGAAUGUUAUUAAUUAAAUAUAUCGGUCGUCGUAGGCCUCAAGUUGGAUUUCUUAUUUCCAGUGGCAUCAUUUGCAUCUUAGCUGCAGUUGUACCUUCAAAUUUAUUAGAAUUGAGGAUAUUUUUCGCAGUAAUGGCGAAAUUAUGUGUAUCGGCAUCAUUUUUAAUUAUAUACAUCUUCUCGUCAGAGAUUUAUCCUACUGUUAUUAGAAAUGUUGGCAUGGGUACGAGUUCCAUGUGCGCUCGGAUAGGAACUUUAGUUGUGCCAUUUUUGAAAGAAUUGGGAGAGAUUGUUCAUCAAGCAUUGCCGUUAACUUUACUUGGCACGUUUUCAAUCACUAGUGGGCUUCUAGUCUUGCUUUUACCAGAAACUUUACACACUCAUUUGCCAGAUACAUUAGCAGAAGGGGAACAAUUUGGAAGGUAA